UAUGGCUCGGCCAAUAGCACGGCGCCUUGGCCUCAGCGCGUGUCGUUAUCCCCGAGCCCCCAGCAUCACGAGCGCCUUCUCUGCUCGCCUGCACCAGAGAGACGCACCGACCCUGCACACAGUUAGGCCGGAAAGACCCAGAACCAUGUCCAUCCUGAAGAUUCAUGCCCGUGAGAUCUUUGACUCCCGUGGAAACCCCACUGUGGAGGUUGACCUGUACACCAAGAAAGGUUUGUUCAGAGCUGCAGUGCCCAGUGGCGCCUCUACUGGCAUCUACGAGGCACUUGAGCUCCGUGACAAUGACAAAACACGCUACAUGGGCAAAGGUGUCUCAAAAGCUGUUGAUCAUAUCAAUAAAACUAUUGCACCUGCACUGGUUAGCAAGAAGGUGAAUGUUCUGGAGCAGGAGAAGAUCGACAAGCUGAUGCUGGACAUGGACGGCACAGAAAACAAAUCUAAGUUUGGCGCCAACGCCAUCCUGGGAGUCUCCCUGGCUGUGUGCAAGGCUGGUGCAGCAGAGAAGGGCGUGCCCCUCUACCGUCACAUUGCAGAUCUGGCUGGCAACCCUGAUGUCGUCCUCCCUGUCCCUGCUUUCAACGUCAUCAACGGUGGCUCCCACGCUGGCAACAAACUGGCCAUGCAGGAGUUCAUGAUUCUGCCAGUGGGAGCCAGCAGCUUCAAGGAGGCCAUGCGCAUCGGUGCUGAGGUUUACCACAACUUGAAGAAUGUCAUCAAGGAGAAGUACGGCAAGGAUGCAACUAAUGUAGGAGACGAGGGCGGCUUCGCCCCCAACAUCCUGGAGAACAAGGAAGCACUUGAACUGCUGAAGAACGCCAUCGCAAAGGCCGGCUACACCGACAAGAUCGUCAUCGGCAUGGACGUGGCUGCCUCUGAGUUCUACAAAGAGGGCAAGUACGAUCUGGACUUCAAGUCCCCCAACGACCCCAGCCGACACAUCUCCUCUGACAAGUUGGCGGACCUCUACCGGAGCUUUGUCAACGACUACCCCGUUGUUUCCAUUGAGGAUCCAUUCGACCAGGAUGACUGGGAGGCGUGGAGCAAGUUCACUGCCAGCACCAGUAUCCAGGUGGUGGGCGACGAUCUCACUGUCACCAACCCCAAACGCAUCGCUAAGGGUGUGGCAGAGAAGUCCUGCAACUGCCUGCUGCUCAAAGUGAACCAGAUCGGCUCCGUCACCGAGUCUCUGCAGGCCUGCAAGAUGGCCCAGAGCAGCGGCUGGGGUGUGAUGGUCAGCCAUCGCUCCGGGGAGACCGAGGACACCUUCAUUGCUGACCUUGUAGUUGGCCUUUGCACUGGACAGAUCAAGACUGGUGCUCCAUGCCGAUCUGAGCGGCUGGCCAAGUACAACCAGCUGCUCAGGAUUGAGGAGGAGCUUGGCGACAAGGCUCGCUUCGCUGGCCAGAACUUCAGGCACCCCAUCUGAGCCGGUCUUCCUCCGGACUCCUCUAUGUGUGUGUUCAUUGCUCAUCACUUAACCCCCGCACUAGGUCGCCUGUCACACCUGCAGAGUUGGUGGAACAAAUAUUGCUACAAUCCAAGGUCCAAGUCUGGUUCGAGUGCAGAAGCUACAGUACGUCCCAGUACUGCUCAUCCUCCAACUGUGCUUUAUCUCCUGAAUAGUACUGCCACCUGUCUUUUGUGUCCGAGAGAACCUUUGUGUAGCUUCUUGUGAGUUGUAGUGAUUCUUGUGUUCACCUGAAUAUCUGAGCUACUGUAACUUUAGAACGACUGCCUUGGGCAGUGGUCCGAGUCGUGUACGUGCAAAUGUGUUGCUACUGACAAGGUGUUGUAUUCAUGUAAGUGCUGGCCGAAAAUACAAUAAACAAUAUAGUUUCAA